AGCGCGUCCUCUAGUGAGUCCUUGGCAACCCAAACAGACGCUGGCGUUCUCCGUGCGGUUUAACGUUAAUCCUUUAUGAAUGUGUACAAACAUGCAAACGGAGGGAUUUACGGUGAAGUCCACCAUGAGAAAUUCCGUGGUGGUGGGCCCUCCAGCUGCAGGGGCUUUCAGAGAGAGGCCAGCUAAACCCACGGCCUUCCGUAAGUUCUACGAGCGUGGAGACUUCCCCAUCGCCCUGGAACAUGAUUCUAAAGGCAACCGCAUUGCAUGGAAGGUGGAGAUUGAAAAAUUGGACUACCAUCACUACCUCCCCCUGUUCUUUGAUGGUCUGUGUGAGACAGUUCACCCCUAUGAGUUCUUCGCUCGACAGGGCAUCCAUGACAUGUUGGAGCACGGUGGCAGUAAGGUCCUUCCUGUUAUUCCACAGGUCAUCAUACCCAUCAAGAAUGCCCUCAACACGAGGUGCAGGCAGGUCAUCUGCGCCACGCUGAAGGUUCUGCAGCACCUGGUUGUUUCAGCAGAGAUGGUGGGUGAGGCGCUGGUCCCGUACUACAGACAGAUCCUCCCCAUUCUGAACAUCUUCAAGAACAUGAACAGUAAGCAACGCAAGGGCAUCAUUCCAGGUUUCUCUGGGUGCUUGGAACAUACGGGCAUCCUCAACCAGCUGAUCCGGGAGGCCAAGGGGAACAAAGAAAACCUAACGGUUGUCUGGCUCGACUUGGCUAACGCAUACGGUUCAAUCCCGCAUGGCCUCAUUAAUAUGGCUAUGGAACACUACCAUAUCCCCCACCACAUCAGGGGUAUAAUUACCAGCUACUUCGGAGGAUUUAAACUUCGGUUCAAAACUGACCAGUUUACAACUCACUGGCAGGACCUUGGAAAGGGAAUUGUGACAGGUUGUACCAUCUCCCCCAUCCUGUUUGUCAUGGGAAUGAACCUGCUUAUAACAGCUGCAGGAAAGGAAUCCAGAGGGCCAACAAUGGAUUUCGGCAUCCAACCUCCGAUAAGAGGCUUUUUGGAUGACCUUACCAUAACAACUUCAACCCAUGUGCAAGCAAGAUGGAUCCUGAAGGCACUUGAUGAUGAACCUGGGCUAGGAUGA